GUCUGUGUGAAAAAGAAUGGCUGACCAAGUGGUGACUGCUGAGAGAGGGUGAGUGUGUUUCUUUAUAAACAAGCUUAGAGCCAUGCUUUUACAUAGAACAAUACUGAUAAAAGCGACCCACAAAAAAUAAUCAUAAUAUGGUUGUGUGUCUUGUUAUUAGCUGGUUCUAGCAUGUUAAUUGUUCUUGUUUGUCGUCAAGCACCUGUAACAGUAGGCUAAAGUUACUUGUCAGUUGACUUGACAGACUAGUGGCAACAAUGUUGCUAUUCCAUGAGUUGACAUGUGUCACCUUGUUAAUAGUUUAUGCCGAAUUCAGGUGACUAGGAAACUCGGAAAUGUCCGACUUGCUAAUUAGUUGAACGCGGCACGUGAUUAACUAUACUGAACAAAAAUAUAAACGCAACAAUUUCAAAGAUAUUACUGAGUUACAGUUCACAUAAGGAAAUCAGUCAAUUGAAAUAACGAAUUGGGACCAAAUCUAUGGCUUUCACAUGUGGUCCUCUGUAGCUCAGCUGGUAGAGCAUGGCGCUUGUAACGCCAGGGUAGUGGGUUCGAUACCUGGGACCACCCAUACACAAAAAUGUAUGCACACAUGACUGUAAGUCGCUUUGGAUAAAAGCGUCUGCUAAGUGGCAUAUUAUUAUUAUUAUUAUUAUUAUUAUUAUUUUUACUGGGCAGGGGCGCUGCCAUGGGUGGGCCUGGGAGGGCAUAGACCCACCCACUGGGGAGCCAGGCCCACCCACUGGGAGCCAGGCCCAGCCAAUCAGAAUUAGUCUUUAUUACAGACAGAAAAACUCCUCAGUUUCAUCAGCUGUCCGGGGGGCUGGUCUCAGACGAUCCCCUAGGUGAAGACCCUGGAUGUGGAUGUGGAUGUGGAUGUGGAUGUGGAUGUGGAUGUGGAUGUGGAGGUCCUAGGCUGGCAUGGUUACUCGUGGCCUGCGGUUGAAAGGCCAGUUGGAUGUACUGCCAAAUUCUCUAAAAUGACGUUGGAAGCAGCUUAUGGUAGAGAAAUGAACAUUAAAAUCUCUGGCAACAGCUCUGUUUGACAUUCCUGCAGUCAGCAUGCCAAUUGCAUGCUCCCUCAACUUGAGACAUCUGUGGCAUUGUGUUGUUGUGUGACAAAACUGUGAAUUUUAGUGGCCUUUUAUUGUCUCCAGCACAAGGUGCACCUGUGUAAUGAUCAUGCUGUUUAUUCAGCUUCUUGAUAUGUCACGCCUGUCAGGUGGAUGGAUUAUCUUGGCAAAGGAGAAAUGCUCACUAACAGGGAUGUAAACAAAUUUGUGCACACAAUUUGAGAUAAAAGUUUUUUGUGUGUAUGGAACAUUUCUGGGAUCUUUUAUUUCAGCUCAUGAAAUCUGGGACCAACACUUUACAUGUUGUGUUUAUAUUUUUGUUCAGUAUACAACCAAUUAGCAAGUUGGACAUUUCCGAGUUUUGUAAUUCCGACUAGCACGUGAACACGGCAUUGGUCCGUGGCCUUUGCGUCAAAACGUUAUAAAACCGACGGAGCGGUUUAAAGCUUGACAUUUUGUAAAGAUGCUCUUUGGGAUGAUGUGUUAAUUGAUAUUAGAAGGGGUGGUGGGAUUUGCUAUAUUGUAUUAAGAUAGCCCAUGCAAAGUUUACAGCUAGUGUGAUCUAGUUUUAUCUCAGUCUUUGACAAUGUCAUAUCUCUAGAUGUUUUAGUUGUUUACAUUUAGGUAGCCUACUUAUAGGCCCUUUAAAUGUCUCGUUUUCUAUUUUCUAAUCUUAAUUUAAGGCAAUUCCAUGGUAACAGAAUUACCCUGAGAAAUUCCAUGGUAACGGUAUUAUGCUGAGACUUUAAAAUGUAUACCAAACAAAAACCAUUGAUUUUCAAAGUUUAACAAACCAUAGAACUCUAUGCAAAAGGACUUAACAAUUUCCACAGAACAUUUAACAAAAAUACAUUUGCAGGAAGAACUGUGCAGAUACAAAGUUUGGUAACAGAAUAAAACUGAGGAUGAUUUUACUGUAAUUCUGUUACCAAACUUUGCAUCUGCACAGUUUUUCCUGUAAAUUGUUCAAAGUAGUCAUUGUGCAUAGAGUUGGUUUGUUAAACUUUUGAGGAAUUGGCUUUUAGCAAAUGUCAUAUAGACAAUCUCCAAAAUGCCGAAAUUAAAAUGUUUUAGGAAGGCUUGAAAGCUUUGUUCAAGGAUUUCUGUAAGCCUAUAGACCACUCCACUACUGCAACCCACUUUCAAGGACCAAUUAUCCAAUACCAUACCGUUCUAAUCCGUUUUGAUUUUGGAUGUAACUAAGUCCAAUACAGCAAAUGCUGCAAAUCCCAUCCCUAACACUAACUGCAUGUUUCCAUUCAAUUAACACAAGCACAUAUGAUUGAUAAGUUUAGGCUAUUGCAUGUAGUCCCUGGCAUAUAACAUCCCUUUUUCCACUUGAGGUAACCUGCUUUAACUCCCCACUGCAUAGAGUGCUUGAGGCAGGAAGUAACAUCCCUAGCAGUCCAAUCAGUUAACAAACCCUGCUUGUGGCAUUUUCUUUCAACUUAUCCCCGAAACAUGUUUACCAGUUAUUAUUUUUACAUUUAAUGUCUUGUCUCCUCUUUGUUGUGAAACAUGACUCCUGACUACCAUAGUAAUCCCAGACCGUAUAGGCUAUAGCCUAGGCUGGUUGAUGAUUUGUGUCUGUCUAUGCAGGUCCUGGACUUCCACAGCAUGGAUCACCAGCUGGCUGCCCUCCUGGUGCCCCACCUCCCAGAACCAGCUCAAGACUGCAGAGGACAAGAUGCUGCAAUGUAAGGAAUUCCUCUCUCCUUUACCAUCAAACUGUAUUUCCAGCCAUUGCCAAUUUGUGGAUUAUUAUGUGUGGAUCCGUCUCAUCCCCAGGCAUCACAGGCAAGGUGUCCCAGCAGUAUGUCCCAAUCUCGGAUGGUAAAAUGCUGUGGACCCUCACAUUGAACGGAAAUAUGAAGGACCAGACUCCCCUGGUGCUGCUGCAUGGCUUUGGUGGAGGGGUGGGCCUGUGGGCCCUCAACCUAGACGCCCUGGCCCAACAGGUUAGUCUCUGAAGCACAGGCUUCUCAUGUACCGUUGGAAAGCCUGAGGAAGUUCUCCUCAGAGAGACAAUAUAAAGGGGUGUAGUACGACAGAGUCUAGAUGGAAACUAGUGCACUUUGCCGCUUAUCAAAUAUCUAAAGUAUUUUGCAUGGUUGGAGCUCUGAACAGGUUGUUAUAAUUGUAUUUCUGAUGUUUAUACUAGCAUGCAUAAGGUACGUAGUCUGACACGGUAGGAAAAGAGAGAUGGACAAAACAAGAAGAAACGAAAAACAAGGAAAUGUCUCUUCUGAGGGGAAACUUCAUUUCUACUCACAGCCAAUCAAAUGCAAGUGUUGAAUGCCAGCACUGCCAUUCAAAUGCAAAAUUCAAUACUGAAUUUCUCCAGACUUCUAAAAGAGAAUUGACAGGAUGGUCCCAGGAGACUACCAACAGGUCAACUGUCUACACCUGCUAUAUCUAGCUAGCUCUAAUUGCCUGUCUACUAUGUAUUGUGUGUGUCUUUGUAAUACUGUGACUUCUAUUUUUAGUACGUUUUAUCAUGUUGUGUAGCGCCUUGGGAUAGAACUUUAUAAAUAAAAUGAGUUUCCAUUAUUAUUAUUGUUAUUAACAGAGGCCCGUCUAUGCCUUUGACCUGUUGGGCUUCGGCCAGAGCAGCAGGCCCUACUUCAGCUCCGACGCCGAGGAGGCUGAGGCCCAGUUUGUGGACUCCAUUGAGCAGUGGAGAGCUAAAGUCGGCCUGGAGACCAUGAUCAUGCUGGGCCAUAACUUUGGAGGUUAUUUGGCAGCUGCGUAUUCGCUCAAGUACCCCACCAGGCAAGUACCACCUGACAUCACCCAAUGCUUUCCUCAGUUCAGUACCAUAGCCAGGUUUCAAUAUGAAUGGCUGUUUUAUUCCUAUAAAGACAGAAUAACUUAGUAUUUAGCCACCUCUAGGUAUAUAUAUAUAUAUAUAUUUUUUUUUUUACAUGUAUCUAGCUAGUCUUUGGUUCACCCUCCUAUGCUUGACUAAUACUGUACACCUCAGACCUCACAGGAUGUUGGCACGCAGGUGCUAACCUCUGAUAACAUGAAUGUCCUUAAAAAGUGUCCCCUCUGUGCUGGAUCUCAACUGAAUCGUCUUCUCUCACUGUGUUGCUAAGCUAAGAUUUCAGCAGGAACCUGACUCCCUACGGCUGUUUGAUAAAUGUCUUCAAAAAAGCAGCCAGCCAGCCACAUCAUGUCCUUCUAGUAUUAAAGUAGCCAGCCAGCCAGCCAGAUGAUGUCCUUCUAGUAUUAAAGCAGCCAGCCAGAUCCUUCUAGUAUUAAAGCAGCCAGCCAGCCAGAUCCUGUCCUUAUAGUAUGAAAGCAGCCAGCCAGAUCAUGUCCUUCUAGUAUUAAAGCAGCCAGCCCACAUCCUUCUAGUAUUAAAGCAGCCAGCCAGCCAGAUCAUGUCCUUCUAGUAUUAAAGCAGCCAGCCAGCCACAUCAUGUCCUUCUAGUAUUAAAGCAGCCAGCCAGCCAGCCACAUCAUGUCCUUCUAGUAUUAAAGCAGCCAGCCAGCCACAUCCUGUCCUUCUAGUAUUAAAGCAGCCAGCCAGCCACAUCCUGUCCUUCUAGUAUUAAAGCAGCCAGCCAGCCACAUCCUGUCCUUCUAGUAUUAAAGCAGCCAGCCAGCCACAUCCUGUCCUUCUAGUAUUAAAGCAGCCAGCCAGCCACAUCCUGUCCUUCUAGUAUUAAAGCAGCCAGCCAGCCAAUCCUGUCCUUCUAGUAUUAAAGCAGCCAGCCAGCCAGCCACCCACAUCCUGUCCUUCUAGUGUUAUCGGAGUGCCCUAACUAGCUCUGAAUUAAGGACACAAUGCUCUUAAUCUGACUGGGGCACUUUGGCUGCGUUUAGACAGGCAGCCCAAUUCAGAUUUUUUUCCCACUAAUUGGUCUUUUGACCAAUUUAUCUUUUCACAUCAGCACUUUUUCAGAGCUGAUCUGAUUGGUCAAAAGACCAAUUAGUUAAAAAAGAUCAGAAUUGGUCUGCCUGUCUAAACGCUGCCUUUAUUUCCCCUGUUCAGUUCACCGAUGGACAGAUCACUUAAUAAACUGUGCCCUAGUGGUUUAGAUUAUUUCCUUUCCAGAUGUUUCAAUACAACCAUCAAUUAUUGUGUUCACAACCAUCGAGGCGUUUGUUGUUAUUUCAGAUUGGGGUUGAUGGAGGUGUACAGUGGGGGAAAAAAGUAUUUAGUCAGCCACCAAUUGUGCAAGUUCUCCCACUUAAAAAGAUGAGAGAGGCCUGUAAUUUUCAUCAUAGGUACACGUCAACUAUGACAGACAAAUUGAGAGAAAAAAAUCACGAAAAUCAUAUUGUAGGAUUUUUUAUGAAUUUAUUUGCAAAUUAUGGUGGAAAAUAAGUAUUUGGUCACCUACAAACAAGCAAGAUUUCUGGCUCUCACAGAGAUGUAACUUCUUCUUUAAGAGGCUCCUCUGUCCUCCACUCGUUACCUGUAUUAAUGGCACCUGUUUGAACUUGUUAUCAGUAUAAAAGACACCUGUCCACAACCUCAAACAGUCACACUCCAAACUCCACUAUGGCCAAGACCAAAGAGCUGUCAAAGGACACCAGAAACAAAAUUGUAGACCUGCACCAGGCUGGGAAGACUGAAUCUGUAAUAGGUAGGCAGCUUGGUUUGAAGAAAUCAACUGUGGGAGCAAUUAUUAGGAAAUGGAAGACAUUUGACCACUGAUAAUCUCCCUCGAUCUGGGGCUCCACGCAAGAUCUCACCCCGUGGGGUCAAAAUGAUCACAAGAACGGUGAGCAAAAAUCCCAGAACCACACGGGGGGACCUAGUGAAUGACCUGCAGAGAGCUGGGACCAAAGUAACAAAGCCUACCAUCAGUAACACACUACGCCGCCAGGGACUCAAAUCCUGCAGUGCCAGACGUGUCCCCCUGCUUAAGCCAGUACAUGUCCAGGCCCGUCUGAAGUUUGCUAGAGUGCAUUUGGAUGAUCCAGAAGAGGAUUGGGAGAAUGUCAUAUGGUCAGAUGAAACCAAAAUAUAACUUUUUGGUAAAAACUCAACUCGUUGUGUUUGGAGGACAAAGAAUGCUGAGUUGCAUCCAAAGAACACCAUACCUACUGUGAAGCAUGGGGGUGGAAACAUCAUGCUUUGGGGCUGUUUUUCUGCAAAGGGACCAGGACGACUGAUCCGUGUAAAGGAAAGAAUGAAUGGGGCCAUGUAUCGUGAGAUUUUGAGUGAAAACCUCCUUCCAUCAGCAAGGGCAUUGAAGAUGAAACGUGGCUGGGUCUUUCAGCAUGACAAUGAUCCCAAACACACCGCCCGGGCAACGAAGGAGUGGCUUCGUAAGAAGCAUUUCAAGGUCCUGGAGUGGCCUAGCCAGUCUCCAGAUCUCAACCCCAUAGAAAAUCUUUGGAGGGAGUUGAAAGUCCGUGUUGCCCAGCGACAGCCCCAAAACAUCACUGCUCUAGAGGAGAUCUGCAAGGAGGAAUGGGCCAAAAUACCAGCAACAGUGUGUGAAAACCUUGUGAAGACUUACAGAAAACGUUUGACCUGUGUCAUUGCCAACAAAGGGUAUAUAACAAAGUAUUGAGAAACUUUUGUUAUUGACCAAAUACUUAUUUUCCACCAUAAUUUGCAAAUACAUUCAUAAAAAAUCCUACAAUGUGAUUUUCUGGAUUUAUUUUCUCAUUUUGUCUGUCAUAGUUGACGUGUACCUAUGAUGAAAAUUACAGGCCUCUCUCAUCUUAUUAAGUGGGAGAACUUGCACAAAGAUGUGGCUGACUAAAUACUUUUUUUCCCCACUGUAUGGUCUUUCCUCUUCACUGUCCUGUAGGGUGAAGCACAUGGUGCUGGUUGAGCCGUGGGGCUUACCUGAGCGUCCAGACACAGAAGACCAGGACAGGCCCAUCCCCGUGUGGAUCAAAGCCCUGGGAGCCAUGCUGAGCCCUUUCAACCCCCUGGCAGGGCUACGUCUGGUGGGUCCACUGGGUAAGACUGGCAGCCUGUCUGACUAGAUGGAUGACAGCCAUAGAAAUACUACUGUAAAUUAUAUUUCUAUGAUGACCGCAUUGUUCGCGGUCUGGUCUAUACCUGUGUGACUGGAUGACUGCAUUGUUUAUGGGAUGGAGUUUUUUUACCAGCCUUCAAACCCACCUCCUUUGUUCUUCAAGGUCCCGCACUUGUUUCAACUCUAAGACCGGACUUCAAGAAGAAAUACUUGUCCAUGUUCAAAGACAACACGGUCACAGAGUAUAUCUAUCACCUGAACGUCCAGACUCCCAGGUCAGAGAUCCUCUCUUUAUUUCAUGUUGGAGCUCAGUGGCUUUUAUUUACACUUAUUCUGGGCCUGUAUUUACAGUCUCAGUCUGAGUGAGUUUCAAUACAGUUUAUGAGAAUGUUUUCCUCUUAGACCGUAAUGAAGAAGAUGUUAUGAUUUAAGAUUAAUACGGUUAUAUGGACAGGACAGCACUCCAAUGCUGAAAUGCUUUUUUUUAAUAUAGGCUGUGAUUUUCACACCCUUACUUCAGUGAUAAUGUUAGUUUUGCUCUGUUGUAGUGGUGAGUUCAAAGUAGCUGCUUAUUAACGGUUAGAUUAUUAUCAUAUACCUUACUGCUGUACUUCAACCUCUUUAAUAAUAAUCAUGUUCGUUUACUCUGUUGUAGUGGUGAGACAGCCUUCAAGAACAUGACCAUCCCAUACGGGUGGGCGAAGAGGCCUAUGCUUCAGAGGAUUGGCCUGCUCCACGCUGACACCCCUAUUACUGUGAUAUAUGGGUCACGCUCCAGCAUCGACGGUAACUCUGGCAACGCUAUCAAAGGAAUGAGGCCAAACUCUCAUGUGGAGAUCAUAGUACGUUUUCUAUUUCUAUAAACGGAACCCUUUUAAGAUGCUGUCUGUGUAUGAUUCUCUAGAUGCUGUCUGUGUGUGAUUCUCUAGAUGCUGUCUGUGUGUGAUUCUCUAGAUGCUGUCUGUGUAUGAUUCUCUAGAUGCUGUCUGUGUAUGAUUCUCUAGAUGCUGUCUGUGUAUGAUUCUCUAGAUGCUGUCUGUGUAUGAUUCUCUAGAUCAGGGGUGUCAAACGUACGGCCCGCGGGCCGGAUCAGGCCCGCAAACGGGUUUAAUCCGGCCCGCGAGAUGAUUUAGAAAAUAUAAAAUAUAUAUAUUAUUUUUUUUUUAAGUAUAAAAAGGCGCUGCAAUUUUUCAAUAAAAUAAACUGCUGUUCCAAUUGCGUCCACUGGAUGGCGCAAUAGCAAUUGUGUUAGCAAGCAAACUGUUUAUACCGGGGCAGAGCAAGUAGGUCAAGCACGUGCAGCCAAUGAGCUACUUUGUUUUGCCCGCGAUAUUUAUUACGGCUUCUACUUUUAACAUUAUGUGCUUUGGCACCCUCAUUGCCCCAAUAUGUCUCUGUCAAAAAAGAGAAAAGUGGACGCAGAGUGCAGAGUGUUCCAAGAAAAAUGGUCAUCCUAUUUAAUCACGGAAUUGAAUGGGAAAGCUGUAUGUUUGGUGUGUUCAGAGCAUGUUGCAGUGCUGAAAGAAUAUAACCUUCGUCGCCACUAUGUGAGUCUUCAUGCCGACAAAUAUGACAACUUUCAAGGACAGCGGAGAUGAGAGAAGGUGAAUGAACUGUUGGCGGGUCUGAAGAAACAGCAGUCUGUGUUUACUCACAGCCGAGACAUCAGUGACGCUGAAGUGAAAGCUAGCUACCUCAUUGCUAAUGAAAUCGCAGUGGCUUCAAAACCAUUUAGUGAGGGUGAAUUUGUAAAAACAUGCAUGAUGAAGGCAGCGGAGAUUGUGUGCCCUGAAAAGCGGCAGGCUUUUGCAAAUAUCAGCCUGACAAGAAACACAGUUGCAGACAGGAUUUCCGAUCUUUCAGUGGAUUUGGACAGCCAGUUGAAGCAAAAAGUAAAGUCAUUUAUUGCGUUUUCGGUUGCAAUUGAUGAAAGCACGGACAUUACAGAUGUUGCACAACUGGCCAUUUUUUCAUCCGCGGAGUUGAUGACACAUUGACCGUCACCGAGGAGUUCGUGGAGUUGGUGCCGAUGACAGAUACAACGACAGCAGCUGAUAUUUUUACCGCACUCGUCGGCGCUCUGGACAGGGUCGGAGUGGACUGGUCCCGCGCUGUCAGCCUGGCUACAGAUGGUGCGCCCUCAAUGAUCGGGAAAAAAGCAGGCGUUGUGACAAAGUUCAGAGAGAAAGUGCAAUCUGCAAAUGGAGGACGUGAUUUUUUGACUUUUCACUGUAUUUUGCACCAGGAGGCUUUGUGUUGCAAGUCAUUAAAGAUGGAUAACGUCAUGAAGGUGGUCAUCCAAACUGUUAAUUUCAUCCGAUCCAGAAGCCUGAAUCACAAUCAGUUUGACAGCCUUCUCAGAGAGAAAGACCACAUCUAUGGCCUGCCAUACCACACUGAGGUAAGAUGGUUAAGCCGAGGUGCUGUGCUGAGGCGUUUCUUUGAUUUACGAGAAGAAAUUGAACAGUUCAUGGAAGAAAAGGGCAAACCAGUGUUAGAAUUUCAUUCCGCAGAAUGGAUGCCGGACCUUGCAUUUAUGGUGGAUGUUACAGAGCACCUGAAUAACUUGAACAAACAGCUGCAAGGGCGCAACAAAGUUGUCACGCAGUAUUAUGACAGCAUACGUUCUUUCAAGUUGAAGCUGUCAUUGUGGGAGACGCAACUUGCCGGUGGUGAUGCAGCUCACUUCCCCUGUCUGAAAAAUGUGUGCGCGACCCAACAUGUGGCAGACAUGAAGCGGUUCAAAGAUAAAAUAACUGGACUGUUACGGGAGUUUGAGCAACGCUUUCAGAUUUAUGUUUAUAUGUUUUUAUGUUGAUGUGCUAUUGUUUUUAAUUGAUUUUAUUUUAUUUGUAUAUUUAAACCAUAUUUGGACUCUGUGGUUAUUCACUUGUUGGGGAACAGGAAUUCAUUUUGUAUCUACAUUUCCGCGAGAAAUGACACUUGAUAUAGUUCUGUGAUUGUGAAACAAGUUUGUUAACUUCACUGAGGCAUUGUGUGUUUGUGUGUUCUUUUCUUGUAGAAUUUUCAAAUAAACUUGAUGUUUUAGGAUAAUAGUGAUGUUGUGCUUGUACCUAUUUGACACCCUUCCUCAGGCUCCAGAUUUGUGUUGUAUGUGAUUGUAUUACAAACAAAGAAAACAAUGAAGUUGUUGUUUACGUUAUAUAUACCAUGUUUUUCCGGUCGGCCACUUGGGAAUAGAUUUUCCUCCAUGUGGCCCCGAGCUUAAAUGAGUUGGACCCACGCUCAGAUGCUGUGUUGUGUAAUGAUUUUUGCUCUAGAUGCUGUGUGUGAUUCUCUUGUAAUGUGUGAGGCAGCUGGCUCAGAUUUUAUAUUCAGAUUUUUUUAGCAGGUGGCAGGAAAAAAGUGAAUUGAAGUAUUAAAUCCUAGAUAAAUAUGAUUCUCCAGAAUGUGUAUAUGAUCAUAUAGCUCUCUUCCUUCUCUCUCCCCCCUCCACCCCCCUCCUCCCUGCCUCCCCCCUCCACUCACUCCCAGGCUAUCAGAGGGGCGGGUCACUACGUCUUUGCUGACCAGCCAGAGGACUUCAACCACAGAGUGCUUCAGGUGUGUGACGCGCUGGGCUGAGGUGGGGAAACAGGGCACUAGUUAACCUGCAGAGAGCGACAUGUUAUACCUGUCAUGCCCAUAGCUUGUCCUCUGUGAGCACGUGAUCCGUAGGGAUAGAGAGGAGAGGACUGGACAUACGGCUCAGUAGGGCUUCUUUUUACCACUAAGGUCCUCACUAGUAGGCCUACCACCACCAUCACAGCAGGCCUACUAACUAGGGAAGGAACCCGUGUUGGAAAGAUGAUUAUCCUGGAUUAUGUGGUUUGACUCUGUUGUAUUCAUACUACUGACUAAAGAGAAUGGCUCAGAGUUUUUACGGCUUGUUGUGGAUUUUGGCCGUUUUGUGUGUGUGUGUGUCAGCUUUAAUCUGCUGUUAUAAGAAAUGUGAUUUUCAGAACGAUACAGACUAUAAUUUCACCACUCGUGGAUUAUUCUCAUUCUGUCAGAAAGAUCCUUCAUGAGAUUAUUUAGAAAUGUUUCAUUUACGUCAUAACAGCUCAUGUAGAUAUGAUCACGGACCGUAGAGAUUUAAUUUGUGUAGAAUUGAUAUGAAUACACAUGAUUGUGGAACUUUUAGACCUCUGGUUUUGCUGAUAUCCCCAUGACAACCGAAGUGCCUUUUUAAUGACCUGGGAUGUGACCAGGGACUACGGUCACUGCUGCUGCUUUUUGGUUUUAGCUUUUUAUACGUCCCAUUUGUGUCCUUUUUGCAGUGGUCGUUUUCACUUCAAGAUUUUAUAAUUAUGUUCUCAUUCAUACAGUGUUUUGGCUCUUGUUGUGGUCUAGUGUUGAAAUAAUCCAGUUAUUAAAGUUAGCGUGUGCAGGUGAAGGAAAGGUUUCAGAAACAAAGUAUCAGAAUUGAGUAAUUUAAAGAUGACUACCUCAUUCUCCUCAGCUGCCAUUGUGGAAAAAAAGGUUCUGCCUCAUUAAUUCAUUGCUACAGUAUUUGAUAGUAUUUCUAGUCACCUAUCCAGGGUCUUUGUUUGGAAAAGCACAGUAUCUAGGCCUAAGGUCAGUUAGCAUAGCUAUAGCAGCUUGUCAGCUUAUUUCAUAUAGGCUACAUCUUCGGCUAAUAUCUCUAUGUGUGUCGUUGCAGAUUGGGUGGGUUGCUUAUCAUUUUAUAGCCACUUUACCCAGUGCAACCUUUUCUCUAAAUCACCUUUUACUAGAUUUGAUGAGCCCAAGGAUAAGGUUUGAUUAACUUCCAAACAUGUAUUAUUGUCAUUGUACGUCUCCAAUCACAACCCAAUUACCGUGGGGAAGAAAGGAUGCUUGUUCUCUCUAUUCAUGUAUUGUAAAAUACCUGUAAAUAAUAAAGAUAUAUUCUGAUU